AUGCCGGUCUCCUCAGACCGCGUCCGGGAUAUCUUCAGUAACCUUUCCUCACCGGAGACCUCCGCGCGCUAUUGGGAGCAUGUAUCAUCAACAGUGCACUGGACCGUAAUGGGCUCGACUCCCAUCUCAGGCGUGUACAAUUCCAAAAAGGCCUUCGUGGAUGCCACCGUCUCCUACCUAGGCCGCGACGUCCUGACAGCACCUCUCCGUAUACAGCCCGUCAAUGUCAUCACCUCCGUUGUGGAGAACGGCAAGACUACCGCGGUGGUCGAGAUGAAGGCCAUCGACGCUGAGUGUCAAAACGGAAUGGAGUACGAUAUGCGAUACUGCUGGAUCUGCAAGUUCGAUGACGCGAGCGAGACGAUUGAGGAAGUGAGAGCGUACCUUGAUACCGAUCUACUGCGCAGAGUCAUUGCAGAAAACACAGGCCCAUCGUGA